GCCGCCGCCGCGCCCCCGCGCCCCGGCGCCCGCGGGGCUGGAGAGGGGGCGACAGAGGCGCGGCGCCCGCGCCGGGCAUGGAGGCGCCGCUGGCCCGCGCUGGCCGUCCGCGCUGCGUUUCGCGCCGCCGCCGCCGCCGCCGCACCUCGAAGUUUGCCGGCUGACUCGGAAAGUUGCGCUCGGGCUCGGCCGCCGCGUCUGGCCGCCGCGUCCAGCCUCCGGCCUGACCCGCUCGCCGCCGCCGCCCUCCGCGGGGCCCCGGCCCAGCCAACCCCGCAGCCCCGCCUGCCGGGGGCAUGUGAGCCGUCGCCGCCCCCGAGAGGCCGUGCGGGCUGCACGGGCCCCAGCGCCUCUGAGGCAGCGCGCGGGCGAGGGGUGCGCCCGGGCCCCAGGGCCCCAGGCAGCCCGGCUCGCCAUGGGCAUCCAGGGCAUGGAGCUGUGCGCCAUGGCCGUGGUGGUGCUGCUGUUCAUCGCCGUCCUCAAGCAGUUCGGCAUCCUGGAGCCCAUAUCCAUGGAAGAUAGCAGCGACAGUGAGCUGGAGCUGUCCACGGUGCGCCACCAGCCGGAGGGGCUGGACCAGCUGCAGGCCCAGACCAAGUUCACCAAGAAGGAGCUGCAGUCUCUCUACAGGGGCUUUAAGAAUGAGUGUCCCACGGGCCUGGUGGAUGAAGACACCUUCAAACUCAUUUACGCGCAGUUCUUCCCUCAGGGAGAUGCCACCACCUAUGCACACUUCCUCUUCAACGCCUUUGAUGCCGACGGGAACGGGGCAAUCCACUUUGAGGACUUUGUGGUUGGCCUCUCCAUCCUGCUGCGGGGCACAGUCCACGAGAAGCUCAAGUGGGCCUUUAAUCUCUACGACAUUAACAAGGAUGGCUACAUCACCAAAGAGGAGAUGCUGGCCAUCAUGAAGUCCAUCUAUGACAUGAUGGGCCGUCACACCUACCCCAUCCUGCGGGAGGACGCGCCGGCGGAGCACGUGGAGAGGUUCUUCCAGAAAAUGGACCGGAACCAGGACGGGGUGGUGACCAUUGAAGAGUUCCUGGAGACCUGUCAGAAGGACGAGAACAUCAUGAGCUCCAUGCAGCUGUUUGAGAAUGUCAUCUAGGACACGUCCGAAGGAGUGCAUGGCCACGGCCACCUCCACCCCCAAGAAACCUCCAUCCUGCCAGGAGCAGCCUCCAAGAAACUUUUAAAAAUAGAUUUGCAAAAAGUGAACAGAUUGCUACACACACACACACACACACACACACACACACACACACACACACACACACACACACACACACACACACACACACACACACACACACACACACACACACACACACAGCCAUUCAUCUGCACUGGCAGAAGGGACAGAGGUCAGGGAGGGACUGAGUCUGGCUGGGAGCUGAGUCCAGGAGCCCCAGCCAGCCCUUCCCAGGCCAGCGAGGAGAGGCUGCCUCUGGGUGAGUGGCUGACAGAGCAGGUCUGCAGGACACCAGCCGCUGGAUGUCACCAAGAAGGGGCUCGAGUGCCCCUGCAGGGGAGGGUCCAAUCUCCGGUGUGAGCCCACCUCGUCCCGUUCUCCAUUCUGCUUUCUUGCCACACAGUGGGCCGGCUCCAGGCUCCCCUGGUCUCCUCCCCACAGCCACUCUCUGCCCACUACCUAUGCUUCUAGAAAGCCCCUCACCUCAGGAGCCCAGAGGGACCAGCUGGGGGCCAGGGGGGAGAGGGGGUGAUGGAGGCCAAGCCUGCAGCUUUCUGGAAAUGGUUCCCUGGGGGUCCCAGGACCCCCUGCCACUCCACUGACCUGGAAGAGCUGGGUACCAGGCCACCCACUGUGGGGCAAGCCUGGGUGGUGAGGGGCCGCUAGGCCCCAUUCUCCCUCCGCGGCAGGAAGGUGGGGGAUUUCAAGCUUGGGGAUUGGGUCGUGGUGGAGAAUCUGAGGGCACUCUGCCAGCUCCACAGGGUGGGAUGAGCCUCUCCUUGCCCCAGUCCUGGUUCAGUGGGAAUGCGGUGGGUGGGGCUGUACACACCCUCCAGCACAGACUGUUCCCUCCAAGGUCCUCUUAGGUCCCAGGAGGAGGCACGUGGUUCAGAGACUGGCAGCCAGGGAGCCCGGGGCAGAGCUCAGAGGGGCCUGGGAACGGGAGUGUCCCUCCUCUUCCUGCAGUGCCCCUCCCACGGCCCAGCAGCUUGGCUGAGCCCCUUCUCCUGAAGCAGUGUUGCCAUCCCUCUGCCUUGCACAAAAAGCACAAGCAUUCCUUAGCAGCUCAGGCGCAGCCCCGGUGGGAGCCCAGCACACUGCUUCUCAGAGGCCAGGCCCUCCUGCUGGCUGAGGCUUGGGCCCAGUAGCCCCAAUACGGUGGCCCUGGGGAAGAGGCCUUGGGGGUCUGCUCUGUGCCUGAGAUCAGUGGGGCCCCAAAGCCCAGCCCGGCUGACCAACAUUCAAAAGCACAAAUCCUGGGGACUCUGCUUGACUGUCCCCUCCAUCUGGGGAUGGAGAAUGCCAGCCCAAAGCUGGAGCCAGUGGUGAGGGCUGAGGGGGCUGUGGCUGGGUAGUCAGCAGAAACCCCCAGGAGGAGAGAGAUGCUUCUCCCGACUGCUUGGGGCCUCACCCAGAAGGAAGCCGGUCCCAGGCCGCAUGGCCCCUCCAGGAACAUUCCCACAUAAUACAUUCCAUCACAGCCAGCCCAGCUCCACUCAGGGCUGGCCCGGGGAGUCCCCGAGUGCCCCAGGAGGCUAGUCCCAGGGUGAGCAGAGCCCUCAGAGGAAAGGCGGUAUGGCAGAGGCCGUGGGGGCCCCUCGGCAUUCACACACAGCCUGGCCUCCCCCGCGGAGCUGCAUGGACACCCGGCUCCAGGCUCCAGGCUGACUGGGGGCCUCUGCCUCCAGGAGGGCAUCAGCUUUCCCUGGCUCAGGGAUCUCCUCCCUCCCCUCACCCCCUGCCCAGCCCUCCCAGCUGGUGUCACUCUGCCUCUAAGGCCAAGGCCUCAGGAGAGCAUCACCACCAUACCCCUGCCGGCCUUGGCCUUGGGGCCAGACUGGCUGCACAGCCCAACCAGGAGGGGUCUGCCUCCCAUGCUGGGACACAGACCGGCCGCAUGUCUGCAUGGCAGAAGCGUCUCCCUUGGCCACGGCCUGGGAGGGUGGUUCCUGUUCUCAGCAUCCACUAAUAUUCAGUCCUGUAUAUUUUAAUAAAAUAAACUUGACAAAGGA